UUUAAAAGAUGUAUAACUCAUCAUCAUGCUUUCUGUUAACAGGUCUAACUAAUUAUUUCAACCCGCUUAUUGUAGUUAGAAGGAAAUGUUGAAAUUAAUUCCCUAGUUAAUUUUACUUAAAAUUAUGCAUUGUUUCAAAUGACAAUUUAUAGUUGAGCAACACCAUGUUUUGUUGCAAAAAUCAUAAUUUUUCGCAUUAAAAUAAAUAGUUUUUACAUCAUAACAUGCAGAUAUCUAACAAAUUCUGCACUGUAAUUAAACAAAAUAUUCAGUGGAAUUUAACAGAAUAUUCUCAAAAAGUUCAGACAGAAAAGAAAAGAAAAGGCAAUGUAAAAUGGACUUCAAUUUACAAAUAAUGAGCAACUCGAUACAUCUUUCUCGAGGCAGUUCAAAAUGUCUGCAGCUUUGUAGACCUCCGGCACUCUUGGGACCAGGUCAUACACGUCUGCGUCCAGCUGGCCUCGUAACAGCCUCCCUGCUUCGGAUCACGGACCAGAGAGUAGAAGCGGUUUGCCGCGCUCACAUCGUGGCACAUCACAACAUUUCCCAUCUGGACCAAAGUGGUGGACCAACCAACUGGCCGAUUGAACAGCAUUACCAUGACUUGAGCCACAAAGCUCAACAAAUGUUAGCCUACUUAAAAAGGGAAAAGUAUUGAACCCCUGUUAGUAUAUUGCCUCACACAUAUUUAUUCUUCCACGCUGUUUACACAAUAAUACCCUUUGCUGCCAAGGCGCCAUGGAGCAAUGUUUUUUUAAGAUUUUUUGGGCGAUCUUGGCACAAUUCCCAAGGGAUCACACUGUAGAUUGCUCAGAAGAACUAUUAGUUUCUUUCCUGCUGCCUCCGGCGGCUGAUGCACAAGCCGUUUUGUGUUUUGUAAGCUCAAACUAAUUACGUUGAAUAACUUGAAGAGCAACUUUCUCACUCGCACACUCUGGGCUUGUGGACUUGUGCUGCCUCUUCUAAUCUAAUCGGUUGUUUUGUGUCAAUACGUUAACUUAUUUUUAGGACACUUAUGAACACAUCUCUGUUACACUUUAGGAGAGAAACAUAAUUUUUCAUGCUGAAAUGAGAAUGCCUCUUAUCAUAGUAUCAUUCUAUUUACAUUCUUUCUUAGUGGUGCUUUAACUCGAUAAUUCAUCUAUUUUGUCUAUCCAAUCUCAGAACCUGGAUUUGACUAAAAACAAGAAUCGUUCCAGAUCCCCUUUUACAGAUAAACAGAGGUUUCGUGUUCAGAUAAUCGUUGGUACUUAGAUGUAAGCAGGUGUGUCGGCCAGUCUGUCAGCAUGUUUUCAUUCAAGUGAACUUAAUUGCAACCGCAGCAGUGUCAUGAAAUCCCCUACUGGUAGACCGGGAUGGGAUGUCAUACUGGCAUGAGUUUUUUCUUCUUUUUUUUUAAAGCUGUUGCAGGUAUGGGCCACUCACAUCCUGGAUAAAAUCAGUAAACGCAUGAGGGCAAGAGCCUGCAAGCAAAAUUAAACAAAUCCAAUCCGGUCUCAAUCUUUUGAAGGAUUGAAAGCGAGUAUUGUAUGACGGGAAACGUUUCAAACUUCUUGGUACUAAAAUGAAAAUAGGUGAACUACAGAAAAGCAAGCUGCAAGGAGGCCUGGGAGUCCCUAUCAUAAAGAUCUACUAUGGGCAGCACAGACGUGGUACAUGAAUGGGCAAAUAUAAACCCAUGGAUUGACGUAGAGCCGACAAAUUGUGGUUUACUCACUUUAAAGAACUGUCCCUUCGUAAAUUACAAAGAGGCAAAGCUGGAGGUUCAAGAUAACUUUAUUGUACAGAACACACUUCUGAUCAUGACAUCUGGAACAUGAUCAGGCUGAUCAGGUGAUUGGCUCAAGGAGAAAACCCAGACUUCCUCCCCUCAUGUACUAACGCUUUUACGGCCACUUCAGGCCUAUUUGUUUAGCAACGUGCGCGUUAAAGCAUGGCGAGGUGUGCACAAACAAGCCGCAAGUCGCGAGAAUUCAAAAGGCAAAUUCAGCUUUUCGGUGUAGAGCAUAUGCAUUCACAAAGGGGUGUGGGGGGUUAAGGGGAAAGUGGGAGUUGCCCAUAACAAGAUGGGAGGGGAUGCAUAAAGUGCGCCUAAUUGUGUAUUCCACCCUCAUGCAAAUAGUAAAGUGAAAAUCUUCACGACCAUGGGUUUACCGUAUGCUUUUUUUUGUAUUGAGACACUAGCACAACACAGCGACUGUCUUAAAUACGGUGAUGUAUGUCUUAAUGCGAGCUUUUAGAAAUCAAGACAAAGGGAUUCUGUAUUUGAUCACAAGGCCUGAAACGCGUCAUUCGGCCAAUGUUUUGAUAGCCAACCGCAGUCCUGUGUUUCCCCUGACUCCGCGCCACGUUCCAAUUAUUGGAAUCGGGGUCAUUUCAUAGCAUCAGCAGCGGGACUAUCGCAGUCUGCACUCAGCCGCAUCACACCACAAGUACUUCACGCUUUGCUACAGCGCAUCGGUCCAAACAUUAAGUUACCCGCCACUGAUGCCCAGAUAACACUUCGUUGUCACUGACUUUUUGUUCUCGCUGUUUUGACUGUGGCUGAUCCAUGAUAGAAUGAGAGAAGAAGCGCUGUGUUCGCUUGCACGUAAUGUGGGGGAUUGUGGGCGGAGAAAGGCGCCGAUUACCGGAUGAGCUGCAGGUUUGGACCAACUUGUCCACCUCUACGAAGGAGGAGCAAUGGACUCGUUUGAUGUUUCUGAAGAGCAAAUACUCUCUCCAACAGUCACAUUUAUUCUGCAAACAAGACAUUUGCAUACCCAAAAGCCGACAUGCUUUCUUUGGAAGAAAUCUUCACACAACACAUACCAAAAAGGUGCAUUUCUCAUGUCUAUGCAACCUUUGGCCUUAAUCUUAACUACUCCACUGACCACAUUCGCAAACAGUGGCAGAUUGACAUGGAGAUGAAGAUGGACAUCCAUAAUGGAAAACACACUUAAGAAUCUGAGCUGGGGCACAGACAGAGAAAAACUAUUUUAAAUAUAACAUAGAGUGCAUUGUACAUCACUGCUAGGUUUUGGCCUGAAUUCCCCUACAUGUAUUAAAUGUCAUUCUGAAGCUGCUACUUAUAUAGACGCGUCGGGCCUAACAACACCCUUGAACUGUAACAUUAUUGACGAUAAACCACAGCCUCUCUUACCUCAUUGCUUAAUUAGAGAUUAAACAUUAAAAGUAAAACUGACCGAUUCUGAUUCAACAAGUUUAAUGAACCCCGUAGGCUUUCCUGUGUAGAAAAAAACACUUAAAGUAUGUUCUAAUCGAAUGUAAUCACUCCUCCGCUGAAGGCCUCUGCUAGUGGCAGGUAGAAGGUGGUGAUUUCGGCUCCUCGUGUUGUCACGUUAUUACAUGUUGCCAGGUGAGAUCAAACAAAGGAAAGCCUCUUCACACUGACUAAUUAUCUUGCUUGACAUACACACGCCCGUCAUCAGCUUCUCUGCUGACCCCACUUAUCGGCAGGAGAAUCUCAGGAACCCGGCCUUGACUUGUCGGGCUGUGAAAAAUAUUUGCCCGACCUUGUAUUACACAAUGUUAAAUGACAGCUGAGUCUGGCGCUCCUAAUUUAAUUGUUAUUUGAGAAGCAAAAGUACAUUUGAGUUGCUUUGAAAAAACAUAUUAUGACAAGGAUAAUCGUUUUUUGGGCCCCUGUUGCACCACGACUUUGUAUUUAUAAUGUAAUUACUUAAGGAUACUGGCUUUAAUUGAAGUGUUUAAGACUUUCCUCAAGUUUUUGACCUUAAUUAAGUUAUCUUUCUGAGGGGAAUACAACAUUUUUUUUGAUUUUGAGUACCAAUGACACAAAGCAGCAUUAAGGAUUCUGUUCUCCACACGGCAUCAUAUUUAUCCUCUCAGUCGGGAGGAAACAGCCUACCUGGUUCAUUCAUGUGUGUCCAGAGUCUAGUUGGUUCCUUUGUGGUAAAGUAGUGAAACAUCUUCAAACAUACUUGUCUUGUAGACUAUGAUACGAAUGGAAUGAUGUGCAUCUGGGAGGCAACCACAAAUUCUUCACUAGUAAAUCUAGUAAGAUCUGAGGUGUGGACGGCAAAGGAAAGUUAGAGUUAAAAGAGGAGGGCAAAGGAAAGUUAAAGAGUUAAAAGAGGUUUAAAUUAAAAGUUGUUAAAAUGUGCACAUCUGGUUGUAAAAAGCUGUGUCUUCUUCCUCUUGGGUUCAGGUUAACCUGUCUGGAUGGCUGCGGUAUAAGGCGACAUUUGUUUACAACACGUGUACGCAUAUUGGCUUUAGCUGUGAGAGGGUCCACACAGGUGUUAUUCCUUUAUGUGACAAUGUGAAAUUAGGAGGAUGAGAAAAACGGGACUGAACUCUCUGGUGGGCUAAAAAAUGGAAAAAAUAAGCAUUAAGAUGCUAAAAACGGUAAACCGUGGAUGUGGCUCCUUCUUGGGGGGAAUCUCUUUUACGUCACAAAUUGAAAUGGCCGGUACAACAAGAACUAUUUUCAGUGGAGGCUGAGAUGACGUGUGCUUGAAUCAAAGACGGGCCUGCCGUGAGUGACGCAAUUUACAGGUUGAGUGACGUAGGAAGAGAACAAGUAGUAAAAGCACAUGAAACGUGUUUUAGCUGAAGAUAACCCUUACGGCACAGUUUGGUAAAGAGUUUAUGUGAAGAUAAUCCCUCCUAAAGCUUUGGAUUUACGCUACAAUAUCUUCCACUCAGGAACUAAUGAGGUUUGCGCAAUUCUAACGUGUGCAGACAAAAAAACUCACGGCAAGGAGUUUUGUUUACCAUUGUUACACAUCGGAACAAAGUUUGAUAUUCUUUUUGUAAUGGAUAUUUAUUUUUUCAGGCCCUUGUACAGAAAAUGAGGGCUCACAAAGGAAAGGAUCAAAGAGCUCGUUGGCAACGCGAGCGGAGGAAUGCGAAGUCACCGAGGUCGGGUACGUGGGGGAGCUCCGAAAACGGUUUAAACCUGUAAUCUGAGACCGACUUGUUUUGCUUUCAUCCUCUCAAAGGCCGCGUCCACCACCAAGCCUCCGCCUCUUCCCCCUGACAUUUCACUAACAAAUCCCUACCUGAAUAUCACUGGAGGCUCAAUCAUGGGAUUUCCCUGGCCGAACACUCCUACAAAUGUCGUGCGACAAGGAGAAAAAGCGAAAGACAUUUGUUGGACCUUUUGAGGGAGAAACGGCGUGACGUGUAAAAACAGGCUCGGUGACAUUCCCAGUGCACAGUCACAGCUGAAAUCAUCCGUCCCAGACACUGAGACCAGAGUUAAUACGCCCCGACAAGUUCUGUUUUCCUAGGAAUUUUAUCUCAUAGGCGUAGUCAUCAUCAUCAUCAUCGCUGCUGCUGAGGCCACCUUGCUGAAAAGGUGUGGGAGUGAGAUGACGACAAAUUUCCUCGCUAGCGCAGUCAGCUUCUUUUGUAUGUUUUAUUCAAAUUCAUUUCACCAUUUCCUCCCUCGUUUUCAGCAAUCAGGAGGGGUAACCAAAAUCCCGACACCCUGUCAGGAAAACAGGGCGUCAGGAACUUAAUCUGGCUCUUCCUCCGUCGCUCAACUGCCGAAGAAACUAAGGGGGGGAAGUGCAGGCUCAGCUCUAUGUGAAUAAUCCCCACAUCUCUCAGCAAGGCAGACAUGUUUGCCACCUUUAAGCCACAUGAUUAGCAAACACUCCGAUACAAAUGUAGCUCCUUGAGGGCAAAUUAGGUUUUCACAUGGGAGGAACACAUAACAAAAAGAAGAUUAACAGUGAAACGCUUAACAGUAAAACCCUUUAUUGAAAUAGAUUCAGACUCAACUGUACCGCUCACACAUCAAACCCAUAAAGCUUCUAUAUGAUAUUCAGACUAUUAAUAUAGCAGCAAACAGAUAUUUACUCUGUGAAGACAUCAGGGAGUAAUGGGAGAAAGUUGCUCUAGCACUGUAUGUUGUCAUCCAAGCUGGUCCUUCCUCCUCUGUUUACAUUUAUGGGUUGCCAUGCGUGUCCUUAAUUCCAGGUUUGUGCGCGUGAGCGUGCCCGACUGGUUGGCUCACCGCAGCGGCUCUUAAGAUAAAUAUUGCAGAAAAGCUAACAUGAAUGACACCCUCUGCGAGGGGAAUUGCUUCUUGCAUCACUGUGUGUCACAAAGGUGCACACAUAGAUGUUACCACACUGUCACUUUUUUGCCAUGACUUAACCGCCAUGCUAUAUUUGAGCAUCUAGCCUGGAUCAGCAAUAUAGUCUCAAUUUAGCGGAAUCAGCAAGCGUCUUUAAAACAUUGUACCCAAGGACAUAUUGAAAGCCACAUCACAGUAAUUAUAAGAUUAAACCUUUGACCCAGACUGACACAAACUCAGCUAUUCUCAAACCAGCCAAGAGUGUUAUUAUGCAAGAGGUAACUCUGCACAAAGUGUUUAUUAGUUGACUUGAUACAUUAUUAUAGUACAUGUAAUGGUAACCCCUUUUUACAGCAACACAAAAAUACAAACCCACACGGGUCCUGUCGCUGUGUCUCCCUGAACAUUCCCUUCACAGCUUGUGUUGGUGCCCAUUUGAAAGCGGCUCAGUAAUCCUGGAUCUGACAGUACAAAGGGCCCCAGAGUGCUGGUGGUGCAAGCACUGUGUCCAGUGCGAACCCCACUGCUCUCCCUUCUCCCACAUGCUGCCCCCGGAGGGUGGGGGGGUGACAGGGAGGAACCCCCGAAGACAACAAACCGUCGGUGAUACUUGCAGACUGCCGGUGUGCUCUGUUUCAGAGUCCUGCUGAUGAUGACCUGGGACACAGUGGGAAGGAGAAAGGGUUGAACGGAUCACUGUAGAGGAAUGCGGCUGAGCCGUGGGGAGUUCUGGAUCCGUACAGUGUGACCACGAGAACAGACUGAGGGACUGUUGCUGCCUCGUUACACUUACUGUGCCGUAUUCAGAGAAGGUCACGUUGCCACAGGUCUCCAUGGAUUUGCUGCAGGAUUCCAGACACACUAUGUGGGGACUGAACGCCCGUUUGAAAGGCUUCCUGGAGCAGGUAAACAGGCUGCAGCAGGCCAACCAGCGGCUGGAGGCUCAGAUAGCCGACUGGUCCGCAAGGAGCACAUCACGGUCCCGGGACUGGUCCCAGCAGGAAAACACUGUCCAGGAGCUCCGCGUCCAGGUUGGUAACCUGCUGAUGGAGAAUGCCCAGCUGGCAUUGCAAUCUGACAGCAUGAAGUCCAGAGCUGCUGACAUCCAGGCCAGGUGUGAGACGGAGGAGAGGAACACCAGGCGUCUGGAGCGACAGGUUGUUCUGCUCAGGGAGUCAAAGGCGAAGGCAGAUCGGAGCAGCGUGACGCUGCAGGCUGACCUUCGGCACUCCAUGUCGAAUCUGCAGGAGAUGCACCAGGAGUUUGAGGCAGCCCGGGCUCUGCAGCUGCAGCGGGCCGGCUCGUGCGAUGUUCUGUUAGCGACGGCCAGAGCAGCAGCAGUAGCGAGAGGGGAGGAGGAGGAUGGCACAGGGAUGGAGCUCACCCAGCUCCUCGACCGAAUCAGAGCGCAGUGUGACCAGGGUAGACUUCCGGGCCUGGGCGAGAGGCCCCUCGGCCCGGGUGCCGCGUCAAAUCCGGCCCGCUCUGGAGCAGCGUCCGGAACACACGGAGGAGUUCUCAGUGAGGAAGAGGCAGCGUGGAUGCAGGUGAGCCUCGGCGGCGCUGCCCUGAGGGAGGCCCGGGCAGAGCUGGCUGAGGCCAGGAAGCAGUGGCGCUCGCUGCAGGUGGAGAUUGAGACCCUGCAUGCCUUGGAGAAAGGCCUGGAGAGCUCCCUGCAGAACACCCAGCAGCUGUACUCCAGCCAGCUGCAGGACCUUUCCCAGGUGAUCGGCGGGCUGGAGAGCGAGCUGGAGCAGGUGAGGAGCGGGCUGGCGACACAGCGCCAGCUCCACGGCCAGCUCCUCAACACCAAGAUGAGGCUGGAGCGAGAGAUCGGCACCUACCGACGUCUGCUGGAGCGCGAAGAGGGCAGGUACACGGGCCGAAGUGGGCAGCCGACGGGUUUGUGGCCCUCGAGGUUUUCAGUGGAGGAGCCGCAGGAGAACGGGUUAGAGAACGGCUUCAGUGAUCCUGCAAUUACUCCGGAUGAACCCAAGUCUGAACCCCUGCCUGAAAUCCCUUCACUCCUCCCAGCAUGCAUACUGCACAGACAGCAAAGCCUUGUGAUACUCACAGAAAAAGAUAAAGACCUGCCAAUCUCCACUGUGAAGACUCAGGAGAUCCUUCAGGGCAAUGUGGUGCGAGAGAGUGCUGAGGGUCACGGCACCAUUGAGACUGAGAAGAUUGACGCGGUGAUAAAGCAGUGGGAGGGCUCCUUCUUCAGAGGGAAUCCUAAGCUGCGGAAGAAGUCGGUGUCACUGCGCUUCGAUCUGCACAUGGCUGCAGCGGACGAGGGGGGGAACCGGACCGAACGGAACAGCCUCCCCGACGUGGAGGUGCGUCUGAUUAUGACGAGAUCUCGCAGCAUCCCAACUAUCCCACAGUGACUCUAACUGCCAUUGCAGUGGUUUGCAGAACCCAUGAAGAUGAAGUUACAGAAAUAACAUCUGGAUCAUUGACUUCUGGGGUAUUACCAUCGAUAGCCACUGCACUGAAUAUGUUUUUUCUUUCAAUCACAACUUUCAUUGAGCUGAAAUUUCUCUCAUCAAAUCUGGACUUUGGCACCAUAAGUAUUACCCAUUACUAUGAGUUUAUACUUUCAGAAAACUAAGCAAAUUCAACUGACAUCCAUUACCUUACAGUAAACAUAUUUCUUUUCAUCAUCAUUGGAUGAAGAAAAGUGUCUCUGACUACCGUCAUUAUUUCUGUAUGAGGUAUGAGGUUUAGACUAAAGAGAUUAAACCAUAUGACUCUGUUUAACUUAUUCUAAUCAACGCUUAGGUUCACAGGUAGAUGGAGGUAGAUGGAGAUAACUAUGAACUGCUGUGAACUAUCAAAAAGUGGAUUUUUAGCAUUCUUUUUAGCAAGGGGAGAGUUCUGUACCAAAAAGGAAAUUACUGUUUUUUUUUAGUAAUCGAACAUUAUCUCUUUAUGAUUCUGCUAUCACAUUGCAAAAGCAGAUCCAAUAUUCACCAUAAUCUGCAUCUCAACACAGCUUCCGUAAACAUAAAGUGAAAGGUGUUUAUUUCAUCUUUAGUGUAGUUCUGUUAUUGGCCAUAUGUUUGAAUAAGAAAAUCCUAUAUUAUUUGUGUGCUUCUAUUAAGUUAUAAUGGCAAAUGUAUUUGGAAUAGAGCUGUCUUACUUUAACAUUGCAAUGUUUUCUUAGUCGAAGGAUGCCUGAAGAGGAUCAUGCUUUUUAAAAGGUGAAAAUAAUGUACCGCCCACCCCGCUAAUUAUUUUUCUAUAGUCCCUAAAUGCUUGCACUGCAGACACUUGCAGCAGAAUGUCAGCACUGACAGAUGAUAGCCUGAUUGUGUGUAUAUUGAGCUUUAUUUUACGAUGCAUUAUUGAGAAAAAAUCGAAAUCAACAGCGACGCAGCUCACUGUGAUUUUACAGCACCGAGGCUCUUAAUGCUCAACGUGGGUCUCAGAGAACCUGCCUCAGCCACAGGAGGGCAGUAUUUGUAAAGAGAUAACUAUUCAGUAAACGCUCCACUCAAGAUGUUUAGAUCAGUUGCACCUUAGAUUAAGAGAUUUUAUGCUAAAUUUUGAGUUGCACUAAAAAUAGUAAAAAGAAAAGGACUAUAGUGCAUUGCAUUUGAGUGCCUUCGAAGGUAUCAUAUAUAAAGGUUUUAUCUAUGCAGUUCUGUGCUUAAUUUUGCUUUUUGCUUCAUGACGCACACUUCAUUUUUGAAGAUCUGUAACUUCAGAAUGAGGAAAUCAUGCUUUUAUCUAAAACUUUGAUUAAAUAAAAAUGAGUAAAUAAAAGAAAUUGUUUUCUGUU